AUGGUGGGUCGAGCGUCCGUCUGGCCAAGCUGGCCCGUCGACCCGGGGCGGUCGGCGGGGCCGGCGCCUCACCGGCCGCCGCGGGGCGCCAUUACUCGCACACGCGUGCCCGGCUCAACGCGGGCCGGCGACCGACUGACGCCCAGUUACUCGCCGCCUUGCCGCCUCGCCGCCACAGACCUACAAACAACAGGACAUGCCUCCACCGCGCCACCGGCCACGCGCUGUGGAUCUCUGAUAUUUCCCUCAUCGGUACACGCACUCACACAUUGCACUCACCCGCCCGGCUACUCACGAGUGUGCGUAAACAUCGCACGAAAGCUCGCCGCUUCGUCACGGGUGCAAAUAAGGCUUCGGAGGCGCAUCCACGCGUUCUUAGUUUCAGGUUCGUCACGCAUGCGCUGUAAAAACGUCUUCUGA